AUGGGUGAUGACAAGACAUUUUCCGUUGAUCAAAUCACUCUUGUUAAUGAUGAUUUUUUCAAACAACGUGUCAAUGGCAUUGUUUUAUAUACGAAAGGACCACAAUUAAAAAAAUUAAUGCGUGAAUUAUCAGACAAUGAUCAACUAAUAUGUGAUAUAACAAAUAUUUGUAAUCAAAUAUCAAAUGAUCGACAGUGCCAAGAACGUGUUCGAUGUCAGAUUAUACGUGUGACAAACAAUCAAAUUGAAGCUGAAAAUAUUAUUCUAGUUAAUCAACCUGGUAUCAAUUGGUCAGAAUGUCAGUGGUUUGAAACGAUAAUUGAUGUUGCCUGUCAAAGAAGAAUAUAUUCAAUAGUAUUUCCUUAUAUUUUAUAUUCGACAGACGAUCAAUUGUGUACACUGGAUAUUAUUCUAAAACUGAAAAAAGAAAACAAACUUCAACAAAUCCAAGAAAUACGAAUUGUUUACGCAGAUGAAACAAAUUUCGCAUUAGAAAAAGAAAAAUUUCUAUCUGAGUUGAAACAACAAUUGAAAAAUAAUGAUGAUAGAACGAAUGAAAAUACGCGAUUUAAUGAUCAUGUAGCACAUGGAUAUAAGAUAUUCGAUGGGAAGAAUAGAGGACAUGAAAACAAUAAUCCUUCACAUAAUCUUGGCGAAAGUUGGUCAUUUGUAGCCUCUAAUGUCAAUAAUAUUCAAAAUGAACAAAAUCCUAUAUAUCAAUAUGAGUUUGGUGAUGCAAUGUUAGUGAUCAAACAAGGCAAUAUUCUAAUGGAAAAGGCAGAUGCUAUCAUCGUUGAUGUCGAUAACAGCAAUCCAACUCAGCCUGUUCAAAUGGUUUAUGAACAAGCUGGUACCACCUAUAAACAAGCAUGUGCAGCUUUGAAUCCAACUGAUGAAUUGUAUAUCAUGCCUGGUGGGGAUUUACAUGCACGAUAUAUCAUUCAUAUGUCAUUACCAUGUUGUACCCCGGCUCAGAGCAGUAGCCAAAAUUAUUUGGGUAUUCUACGUGAUAGUUUUGCGCCAGUAUUUAAAAAUGCAUCAAAAUUUCGCAUUAAUCGUAUAGCUCUUUUACCAGAUGGACGCAUUAAACAUAAUUAUAGACCCGAAAGUCUACUCGAACAAUUAUACAAAGUUUACUCAAAUUGUAAUACAUACAUACGUGAUAUAGUCAUGGUGAUUGAUGAUACGUCAAGAUUUUCAGCGUGGAACGAUACAUGUAAACGAUUUUCAGCUCAAUGCUCAAUACGACGUGCAAAAGAAUCAUUAGCACAUGUUAAUGAACGUCCUUCCAUUGGAGAUCCUGUACCAGGAAGGCCUGUCAGACAUUCAGCUGAUGACGAAAAUUUUAAUAAAGAUAAUCAAUACAAACGAACCAUGUCUUCAAUGCCACAGGAAACAGUAAAUAACAGACACAUAAUGUCACAUACUGGAGAUUCUUCACAUUCCUCUAACACCAGAAUGCUACCAACAGAUAUUAUUAAAUAUGCUUUAUCAUCAUGUACAGUAUUAAUAGUGAAACGAGGUGAUAUAAGCAUGGAACAUACUGAUGUCAUCGUGAAUGCUGCAAAUGAAUAUCUUAAUGAUGGUAUCGGUGUUACAGGUGCCAUCUACAAGGGAGCGGGAUCUGUAUAUGCAGAUGCAUGUAAAAAAUGUCCAACAAUAAAUGGUAAAGGGUGGCGUCUUGAGCCUGGACAAGCUAUUGCAUUACCGAGUGGAGAUUUACUAUCACAUUGCGUUAUUGCCACCGUGGGUCCCGUGUUUGAUGAAAAGGAUGAAGCAUCGUCGAGAAAAAAAUUAUUUUCAUGUUAUAAAGAAUGCUUAUCGUUAGCUGCGCAAAAAAAUUAUCGUUCAAUUGCAUUUCCGGCAUUAUCAUGUGGUGUCUACGGUUAUCCUAUCCAAAAAGCCGCUCAUAUCGCAAUUGAAGCAGUUCAAAAGUUUUCGUCGAAUUUGAGGGAAAUAGUAUUUGUUCUAUGGGAUGAACAUGUAUUUUCUGCUUGGAUUCAAGCUAUAGAAAGCAACAAAUGUCUCAAAAGAUUACCUGGCUAA